UGGUUCUCAAUUCCUGGUUCAUGUGAGUUUUGAUGAGUUAAGCAAUCAUUGGAGUACAUUCCACUUGCCAUUACCUCAAUCAUCCCUAGAUACUAUAGAAUAUCUAGUCAAAGAUCUUGCACACGCUCUUGGACGGUACAUUUCGCGUAUCUUCUCGGUUUUUAGUAAUUAACAAGUACAAUUUAUUAUGAGUCAUUAGCACUUUAUACCAAAUCGUUUUCAAGUUUCUAAGCACCGAACGGUCCAUAUAAGCAGGAUUCUAGAGGCCUCUGAAAGGAUCAAACGGUUAUGAGUUUUUUUCUACUAAGCAGUGGGAACAACAUCGCUACUGUUAAAAACGGUAGACGCUGCCUCCUUUAAGAUUGCUAUAUCUUGUCUUCUUUUUCGAUAGCUGCGUAUUCUCUCAGGUGACCAAGAUGGUGCGCGUACGUGCAUAUUCUCAGGCCUUUUUGAUCGUGCUCUUGUUGGCUAUUAUAAACAAGAGCAGGGCGAAGCCUGAGAGCCUCCGUGAGCGCCUUCUUCUUACGCUUUCCCUCGCUAAACGCCACUCUUACGAAAAGCACGCACACGACUCCAAGACAGACCCCCCGUGCACCACAACGCCUGCACCUAGACAGAGAGACCACAUCCCACGUCAUCCGUGCGCUCAGGCCGAAAUGACCAUAGUCCUUGACGGGCCUAUGGGUAAGAAGGUGGUAUGCUUGGUACCCGGUACGGAAGAGUUAAAGGAGAGGUUAUUUCACGAGGAAGGGGGAUAUAACAAGCACUAUGUCGCCAUCUCUUGGGAGGACGCCAAGAGGGAUUUUAUCGAUCUUCUUGGACCGUAUGAAAAUGGCACCGCUGCUCGAGCGCUAUGGAGGCAAAGAGAGUCAUCGGUGGUGACUCAUCGGAAACAGUGGACAGUCCAGCGUAAGAUAGUCAAGGCGUGGAGCACAAAUACCACGAGUAGUAAGAUCAUCAAGCAUAGAGAGAAAAUACUUGGAAAAGGAAAAGGAAGGGGCAAGCAACUAGGCCACAAGAUCUAUGCCACUGAAGCAAGCAACUACUACUACAAAACACAAAGCAAGGUGUUUGGAAAAGGAAAGCAAGGUUACAACAAAGAAAAUGGCAAGAAAACUAAAACACACUUCUUUAAAAGGCUUAUUCAACAUCAACGCGAAGCCAAGCUUCUGGGAAAAAACAAGCAAGGUAUUGAGAGAACUGCAACAUACUCGUCUAAAAAGCUAACCCCACAUCGACGCGGACGAAGCAAGAAAAUCAAGACAGGAAAAAGUAAGAGCAAGAAAACGCUAGACUACAAGAAGGUACACGAUAAGAAAUGGUCACAUCAGCGCUUGGAAAGCAGACCAACAAUGGCGAGAAAAAGACAGAAAGGGGGAAAGCAAGAUAACAAAAGAAAGCAAGUCAAGAAAUCACAACAUCGUGUUAACAGAUUACUAAUGGUGGGUGAAAAAAAGAGCGGGGGAAAAUACGGAGAGAAAUCAACACAUCGCCGCGUGAGAAGGGAUGACGUAACGCUAGAGAGAUGUGCGCCCGCAGGCCGAGUGACAGCUAAGGGAAUCCACCUAUGUCCAGUGUGUCAGCGGAUAACUCGUCUUCCAGAUUACUACUUUCCGCAGUACCUUAACGAGCUGACGUGUGACAUGGAAACAUCUGCUAGUGUGGUCUCGCCCUUCUGCGGCUUUGGAAGAUGCUUCCAGAACUCUAUUUAUCAAGAGUUCCUGGUCCGCGAUCCAGACUCUUAUGAGUUGGUGUCCCAGAACGCGAGUCACGUGGUCUAUCGAGCUGUAUUCAACACAGCCACACACCCUAUCAAGACAUGUUGUGAUUGCAUAGCUGACGGUGCAUAAGGAAAUGUACAUGGCUGGUGGACACGAAUAAAUACAAAAGCCCAAAUAGUCGUGUUCGUGAACCAGAAGAAUGAAUACAACACACCAAAAACUGGAAUUCGACUCUGCCAAAUCUUCGUCUUUAAUAAGACCUCUUCAGGGCAGACUCUGAAGAAGUCUUAUUAAAGACAAAAAUUUGGCAGAGUCGAAUUCCAGCUUUUGGUGUAUUGGCUGGUGGAUAUGGUGUAGUUUGUACAUGGGCGUGGCUAGUGGGUAUUGUUUUAGGCCGUUACGGGAGGGGAGGGAUAGUAUCAAACAAAUUAUUUAUGUCCUCUCUAUUUAAAUUAUUUAGAUUGGGGCGAGUGAGCAGAAAUUCCUAUAACAAUUAUUGAGGAUUUAUAUAUAUUCCUGUAGCAAUAAAUUAUAUGGAUGUCGUGGUUCCUGUUUUAAAUGACCGUUAUGAAAGACGCUAGCAACAAGAUUUCCUAUAUGUUCGCGUCAACUGAGACGGCGUUUGUCGGUAACUGGGGGGCGGACCUGUGAAUAUGGUAUGCUUUCUCCUUCAAGGCGAAGUCUGAGUCAACUGUCAAAUAACCAUCUCUGAUAUAUCGGUAAUAAUUGCUGUAAUUCUUUUAAAAGAAGGCUAUAAAUGGUUUGACUAUUUUUGGAAAAGCUGCCCGUUAAAAUCUGUAGUUGUUACUGACGUUUUACAAUAAAUAUUGUUGAUGUUA